UUAAUUGGGGUGACAUUUCUAAUGAGUGGGGUGUGAAAUCCAAUCCUCCUUGCAGCUCUCUCUCUCUGAUCGCCACUCCCAGCACGUUCGUUUCCAGCAGUCUCGAGCAAUUUGAAGAAAAGGGUUUUGCCGUCCAUCCCCAUUGUCACCUUGUUUCCGGUGAGGAGAUCACUCACUCUCUCUGCCUCGCCGCCCUUCGUCGUCCUACCACCGCGACUAGCAAUAUCAAGAGGGACAUUGUAGCAGCUAGCAACAGAAAGCACGAAGAGCAAAGAAAGUUUAAACAAUGUCGUUUAUGAAAGGAGAUUUGCUUUCUCGAACCAGGAAGCUUGUGAAGGGUUUGGCCAAGGCAGAACCUGUGUGGCUCAAAGCAAUGGAACAAGCACCACCUGCAACAUUUCCUCGAGCUGGGGAAAAAGUUCAGACCAUCACUCUUCCUGAGGAUGUUUAUGUGAAAAAGUUUUAUAAAAAAUACCCAGAAUCUAAGUACCAUGAUCCCAUCAGGUUCUGUGCUUUUGAUCCCCCUCCAUCUCGUAUAUUUGCCUUGAGGGUUCUUGAGUUGAAAAAGCAUGGCAUUGGCGAGGAACAAGCUAUGGCUGUAGCCGAUACGGAAUAUCGAGCAGAGAAAAAGGCGAAGAAGCAAGCAUAUAGUCGUUUGAAGCAAAUCGCUCGUCUUCAAGGAAAGAGACCUCCUCCAAACCCAUAUCCUAAUCCUAUCAAGGAGAUACAAGCCGAGGAGAGGAAAUACGUCCGUGAUCGUUUCUUCAAUCCCAAGAUACUCGAAGUUGUGAAGCAAAAGAAAGCAGAGGCUGAGAGUUUCAGAAGUGGAUUUAGAGGGGGUGAUUGGUGAUUUUUACGUGCCAAGUUAAAAUAAUAUUGAAAAUUUCCCUCUUGAGCAAAUGAAGUUUACUUCUAGGCUCCUUUACUUCAUGUCUUGUUUUGUGGGGGGGGGGGGGUUCAGAGCUGAUGUGUUUUAUUGUGAAUUUCUUCAUUAACCAAAGCUUCAUUGAGUUUUUGCCUAUGAAAAUGUUUCCCUGAUAAACAUACACAUGAAGGUUGAAAAUAAUUUGCUGCAGAAUUUUGAUAAAAAAUUUGCAACCAGAUUUGGAGUUUGACAAACCUUAGACCAUUAAUGAUGAAUUUCU